UGCAGCCCUCAAAGACACGUUUCCUACAACAGACAUGUCAGCCUCCAGAUCAUAGACUACAGCAGAUUUCUCAGUGAUUUCGCAUUACUUUACAUAACGAUGGUUGUUUCUGACUCACAGUCCACAGACACAGGGACCAUCCUGCGUGUCAGAGGACCACUGGAGUUCAAGUGUCUGCUGGAAACCACAGAUGCUCCGCACAUGCAUAAAGUCAUAUCAAGAACAUUUGAGAUGCUUCACACGCAGGUGAAAUCUGAGUCUUGUGUUCUGACCGUCUGCGACAGUCCUGUCUUUAUUUGGCCUAACCAAAGUUUUAAUGCAACACCCAAAGACAUAACUCCAGAGACAUCAUGUGAGGAUUUACAGCAGUGGAUACAGACAGAUGAAUAUGAGGGCACUGGCAAAAGAUCUGGGAAAAAGAAGAGCAAGAAGACUUCAUCUGCAAGUGUUGUUAACCUUCGCCUGAUGAUGGAAGUGACAACAAAAGGAGGCCCUCUUUCAGCCCCAGUCCUCAGCCGAACACUUAAAACAUCCCACUUUUUAUCCACAACACUUCAAAUGGACUGUGCUGUCCACACCAACAGCAGAUGCAUGGUCAAGGAUGCCUUUGAGCGCCUGUCGGAGGCGCUGAGCCAUCAGCUCUGUGAGAUGGAGAAAGUGAUGCUCCAACAAAUGAAGGGGACUACUCCGCUGGUACCUGAGCCACUGCACUUCCUGCUUCCAGAGCCUAAAGGACUAGUAACUGUGGUUUACCCUGCAGGAGUGCCCGACAGCCAGCUGGAGUCACAGCGUAAGGAAUUACAUCAACAGUUUGAGCUUCCUGAUGAUCAGCCAUUCUUUAGAAGAGCCAAUGCUUUCCACUUUCCCAAUGAGCCCUACAAAGAUGGCUACCUCCGAAACCCUCACCUGGUCCUCACACAUCCCAGUCUGGAAAACGGAAAGGUGUACUUGGUCCAGGGCAUCUACAGCUACCAUCACUACAUGCAAGACCACACGGAUGACAAUGGCUGGGGCUGUGCUUAUCGCUCCCUGCAGACCAUCUGCUCCUGGUUCCAGCAGCAGGGCUACGCAGAAAGACCUGUGCCCACCCACAAAGAGAUUCAACAGACAUUGGUGGAUGUAGGAGACAAACAGAAGUCCUUUGUUGGAUCACGUCAGUGGAUCGGAUCCAUUGAGGUUCAGGUUGUUCUGAACCAGCUACUUGAGGUCACCUCAAAGAUCAUGUUUGUGAGUCAAGGUUCUGAAUUGGGAUCUAAAGGCAGAGAAUUGGCGAACCACUUUCUCACUGAAGGCACUCCCAUCAUGAUUGGAGGGGGAGUCCUGGCUCACACUAUUCUAGGUGUUUCAUGGAGUGAGACGACUGGGCAGAUCCGUUAUCUGAUCCUAGAUCCACAUUACACCGGAGCAGAGGACUUGCAGGUUAUCACUGACAAGGGCUGGUGUGGCUGGAAAGGACCAGAUUUCUGGGAUCAAACUGCAUAUUAUAAUCUGUGUCUCCCUCAGAGGCCAAAGGUUAUUUGAGCUCAAAGCCUCAAAGACAUCAAAAAUGCUUUUUUUGUGUUUAUUUUAUGAAGAAUCAUGUCCACCAUUACAAUUUUCAGGCUUUCUGCUGUGAUAAGUUGAACAAGCAACCGCUGCAAUGAGGAUGAUAGCCUCUGAAUACGGGGCAAAUGCUCAAACUGCAAGGCCAAAGGUGCCCUAAGAUGGGUGUCAUUUUGUAAUGAAAAUAGAAAUUAAUCUUGUUAUAAAGUACAUUUUAUCUACUUUAAUUGUUUGAAAAAACGCUGAUGAAAUAUUGCAUGCUAACCGGAGAGGCUUAUCUCAUUGAAAAAUACAAUGCACCUUGUUGAAAGAGUUUUCUUAAUGUCACACCUUUAAGAAUAAACUCACAAAACUGAUUCUCAUUAGAAAUAAAACUGCUUUAAAUCUCAUUCUCUGCAUUACCAUACUGCUGAUUUUUAUGAAAAAUAAAACCGGAAUAAUUUGUCUCCCCAACUUUUCUACUUCCUAAUUUAUUAGCUGUUGAAUAAGUAAGUGCCAGAAAAUGAGUCUGAUACCUUUUCUCAAGCAAAACAGUCUUGAUUUUUAGAACCUCAUACCAUGAGUAUCAGUAUUAGUCUUCAAUAUUCUGGUUACCUCUUUUUGUAAAUAAAAAAUGAAAUCUGAAGACAU